GAGCGAGCGAGAGAGAGAGAGGGAAGCAGUGAGGGAGUUUACAGACAGACUAAAGUGCGCUAUCAGCUGCUGAAGUCUGCGCACGGGAGAGGAGUGGACGCACAGAUAAGGAGAGAGAGAGAGAGUGUGCGUGGGUUCGCGUGGUGGAGGACAGUGACUCCCCUUGUCGUCGUCCGUCUGUCCGUGACCGUGGCGGCACAGAUGGGUGCGACUCUCCACAGCUGAUCCGCCGGUGCCGCAUGAAUCCAGCCGAGCACGCGCUGAUCCUGCGACUUCGCGCACUGGCAUCAUGCUCCCCCGGAACAUGCGAACAGGUGGCUAUGACCUGCCAGGGGUGGAGUCAACCGACGUGCCUCUCAUUGGCUACAGGCCCUUAACACCUGACUGCAGCACACCGAGCCACCAAUCGGGGAGAGGAAGCGGCGGCGAUGAAGUGGAGACUUCACAGGCGGAGCCCUCACCGAUGAAGACCACCUGGUACUGUCCUCUCGAUCUGUCUACUGUCGUGGAGGAAGAGGAGGACGGAGUGAUCUACACCGUGGUGGUCAAACAGCAGCAUGGAGGAACCACCGGUCCAUCGUCGGCGGUGACUCGCUCGCAGUGCGUCAAAGCGGGGACGGAAGAGAAGCUCGUGCUCCACCUCCUUCACUCCUUCUCCAUGGGAGACUCCUCCUUCAUCACCAUCUUCCUCUCCACCUAUCGCUCCUUCACGUCCACCGAGAGAGUGCUGGACAUCCUCACUGACAGACUGGAGAAACCACCUGGAGACAGCGACAGGAGCCAGAGACGCCAAUCGUUCAACAAAGCCGUGUGCACUGUGUUCAGAACGUGGCUCACAGAGUAUCCGGAAGAUUUCCGGAGUCUGAAGGAGCCCACUCGUCUGCUGCGUCUGGCUCCUCUGCUCCCGCAGGACUCCUCGUCCGCGGCCGACCUCCGCGCUCGCCUCCUCAGGAUCGCCGAGGAGCUCAGCGAGAAAGCUCUGCUCCCUGAUGCCCACAGAGAUCAGAGCGGCUUCACCAGCGCUCCUCCUCCUCCUGACGCCUCCAAGUUUGAACCCACCAGCGUCCUGGGAUUUCCUGCGCCGCUCAUCGCUGAGCAGCUCACCAGGAUCGAGACGGAGCUGUUUGUCCGUCUGGUCCCGUACCACUGCCUCGGCUCCCUGUGGUCGCAGAGGGACAAGAAGGGGAGGGAAGGCGUCUGUUGGUCUGUCCGGGCCACCGUGCGUCAGUUCAACAAGUUGGCCAAAGCGGUCUUAGCGUCCUGCCUCUGUCCCACGAAGCUGCGCAGCCAGCAGAGAGCCCGUCUCCUGGAGAAAUGGAUCAGCGUGGCAGAGGAGUGCCGAGCCAGAAAGAACUUCUCCUCGCUGUACGCCAUCGUGUCGGCCCUGCAGAGUAACCCCAUCCACCGGCUGAGGAGGACGUGGCAGGAAACUGACAGGGAGGCGAUCAGGAGAUACGAGGAACUGUCUGACAUAUUCUCCGAGAAGGACAACUACUCGCAGAGCAGAGAGCUACUGAAGGAGGAGGGGACGUCAAAGUUUGCCAACACUGACAUCAGACUCAACAACAGACAUGUCAAUAAGUCCAGUGCUCUGGGCACUGUGCCGUACCUGGGCAUCUUCCUCACAGACCUCACCAUGCUGGACACGGCGGUCAAAGACAGGCUCGAUAAUGGCUACAUCAACUUUGACAAAAGGAGAAGGGAGUUUGAGGUCUUGGCUCAGAUACGGCUGCUGCAGUCUUCCUGUAAAAACUGUGUUUUCAGCACCGACGAGUCGUUCUCACAGUGGUAUCACAGCGUGCCCACACUAACUGAGGAGGAAAGUUACCGACUGUCCAAUGAAAUUGAAGCACCCGGCGAGCCGAGUCCACGUGGCCUUACACCAACAGUCAUUAUCACACAGUGUCCAGACCUGAGCAGGUCCCGGACCAGCCUGCCCGGCGACAGCGACAGUCUCUUUGAAUUCUCCUCACCGGUCAAUAACCUGCUAUCAAAACUCACAAAGCACAUGAGGUCUCCAUCCGUGUCCUGUCUGGACGUGGACUCGUCCCCGCCCACCGCCGAGUCCACGCCCGCCACCCUGACCCCAUCCACUCCCACGAAAUCCCACCGCCGGUCGGCCUCCUGCGGCAACAACCCCCCCAACAACAUGCAAGGGUCGGGGGCCGACAUGAGAAUCAUCCGGAUACGCAUGGACCUGCAGGACGGAAACUUAUACCGGAGCAUUCUGGUUACGAGCAACGAUAAGACCCCCACUGUGAUCAGCUCUGCCUUAGAAAAGCACAACCAGGACCCCAAACAGACGUCCAAGUACGAGCUGAUCCAGCUCCUGCCUGAAGGAAAAGAACUGGUCAUCCCUGCCACAGGAAACGUCUUCUACGCCAUGACGUCGUCGAGCGUGGACUUCCUGUUGCGACGGAAAGGCGGGAGCGCUCCUCUUGGCUCGCAGCCCAUCAGCACGGAGACCAGCGCGACGUUCCCUCGAAUCAAGGCCAAGGGGCGGAGACUGGUCAGGACUCUGUUUUGACAUCAUCGGCUCUUCCUCAACUUUGUCCACAGAGACGUUUUGUUUUUUUGUUCGUUUGUUUGUUUUUCCUCGCAGUCCCUGACGUCACCGUGGCCUUCUCCUUACAACACACACACAAACACACACACACAAAUGUCUCCGUACCAAAAACACACAAAGAGUCCACGUCUACUGCUGCACUCCUGUGAUCACCAGAGCUUUUUUUUCCAACCUCGCGAUAUGCAUUACUGAUUUGAACCCAGAGGAAGAGCUACAGAAGUCGUUCUGUGAGUGAUUUUUGGUGCUGGCUCUGGCAUCACGUAGCACUUAAAACGUCGCAUUUUCAGUCCGACUUGAAGAAUAAGACUUGUUUAAAUUAAAACCAAAAAAAAACCCCUUGUUGUCAUCCAUCUCCGCUGAGAGUGAUGUCUCCAAAUGUAAGAAUCCCCGUUUAGACCUGGUAUUAACGUCCCAUCGCAUACAGGACUGGUUGAGAACACGUCACAAAACGCAAAUUCAACUUUUGCACAACCUUGCAUUUUUCUAACACUGCACUGUUUGAAUCCAGCUAAGGCUGCAGUCAGACUACGACAAUAAGGCAAUCGGACAACUUGUUGACCUUUACGUCACAGACAAAGCAAACAGUGAGUGGUGAGAUGGUUCUGUAUGUGUCGUACCUGCUGUGGAUGGAGCGCGGCUCUGGUGGUUGCCACGUUGUCCGAAGAAAGACGCCGCCGUCGCCGCCGUAUGAUUGCUGGCAACAGUACUGCAGUUUGUGCGUCGUCUCCUUCUGCUGCCAGGUCAAAGACGGGGACCAAGUCUGAUUACAAUCCAACUAAGCAUAUACAGUAGGUAUGUUAGUCUGACUAAGACUAGCUCCAUCGUCUUAGUCCGACUAAAAUUGGAUUUUUAACGUGCGUGUUUAAACGCACUGAUUGAUCAAUCAAAUGAUGGGUUGGGAACAAAAAGUAAGUCGCGGGACAUUGUAGCUGCUCCUCUUUAAAGACACAGACUUUGACUUCAGAGGACAUUACAUGACUUCCAUACAUUUCCUGGGUUUUGAAAUGAGGCCAGAUCAGGGUCAGCUGCUUCUUGCGUCAAAUAUCAAAUAUCAGCAGUUCACUGGGAUAUCAAUAAUCGAUAACAUACCAAGGCUUUCGUGCGGAUCUUCAAAGACACAGCACUUUCAAAGGUGACAAACGUUGCUUCAUUAAACAAUAACGUGAAAUUCAGUCGCCUUUGUCCCCAGGCCGCACUUUUGGACACGUUUUCUAAUUUUCGUCCCUGAAUACCAGGUUUUAACGGGUCCAAAGGCAAAGAUUCUUAUCACCCGCGAAGGAUUAAAGACUGUUAUUAUUAUUAUUAUUGUUUAUAUUAUUAUUAUUGUUAUUGGGUUAAGUGAACAGAAAGACACAUGGAUGUAAAAAAAACAAAAACAACCGAUGCAGCGUCACCGUAGCAACACACUGGAGCUCAUCAUGUCAGAUGUAUAUAUAUAUAUAUAUAUAUAUAUAUACAUAUAUAUACAUAUAUACAGUUUGUUUUUUUGUAUGUAUUUAUGUACUGUGUGACGUCACAGUUAGGGCUGCAAUUGGUUAUUAAUCGAUUAAUCUGUUCAAGGUUUGUUUUGUUUGUUUCUCUGGUUUUU